GCGAAAAAGACGUUUUCAGUAAGGAUAUACACUUUCAUGUAAAAAAUAUCUACUCCUUUGAUUUAACUACACUGUUGGAUAUAAUUUCGAAAUCAAAUUACUAUGUGACUUGACUCUUCAUUAUUGCACGUGUUUCUUAAACAACACCGUAAUCAAAAGUUAGGAAUUAUGUCAACGAGUGGUUGCACAAGGAAGUAGAGUUGCGUGGAAUCAUCGAUGAGUGUUAAACCAUCAAGCUGAAGAGCAUGAUAUUACCGAUUGAAUUUAUUAGUUAAAGUAAGACGGGGAAAUGUAGUGGACCAUUUAAUGUAAAAUAUGAAGCGCAGAAGAUAGAUAUUUGCUUUCUGCAGUGAUCUAUUGAACUAAUGAUGUAAACACGAGGGUCAAUAUGGAAAACGGGGAUAUAGUGCCAAUUAUCAACCGGAUGCAUACGGCGUGCUAUGAGAACCCUUUGUUCGAAGAGGAUGGAGCGGUGAGAAAUGAGACGCACACGAAACUCCACAACCGGCCAGACGGCCUGAAAUCCAAGCCUUACGAUCUGAACAAUGCCGCUCAAACCUCGGUGCACUACCGGCCGGCCCGCCCACGGAGACGCUGGCUAUACUGUUUAGGGAUCGUCUUCGCCCUCCUCGCCAUAAUCGGCAUCAUCGUCGCGGUCAUUGUUGGACAGAGACGAGGCGACGGCAGUUCCAGAGGAGGGGAGACGGUCACCGCGCAGCCGUCCACCAACAAAGUAUUCCAGUUCCGCACGGAGCGAGUUGAGGGGCGUGUGCGGAUUAUUCAGGGGCCUUUUUCUUCCUACCAGCCGCAAUAUAGUAACAAGUCCUCUACAUCAUUUCAACUCUUCUCAUCAUCAUUCACAUAUCAAAUAUCUGUUAUAUUCACUAGAAGUAGUUAUAGUUCAUCAUAUUCACACACAGAAGUUGUAAAUAUUAGCUCAGGGAGUGUGAUAGUCGGCUUCAUCAUCCAUUUCAAGCAGCAUGUAGAUAUUUUCACCAACACUCGUUAUGAACUCAUUCAGCUCAUCCGAGAUGGGCUAGAAGACAGUCUGUAUCAAAUAGACACGUCUUCAAUUGUUAUACAACCCAAAGAUCCUUCGUUAUCUGUGAUACCUACCUCAGAACCAGGUGUAUGUGUUGCCAUAAAGUCCCAGCACUGUGCGGGUGUGGUUGACUGGUCUAGUACCACGCUCCCCAACAUUCUGGGCCACAGGGGUCCAGCAGAAGUGGCGGAGGCAGAGGUCGCGCACGAGGAACUCUUCUACAACUCGUGCGGCAGGGACUUUUGGUGCUCCGCCUUCUAUCCGCGUUGUUGGCGGGGCGCAGCAGUGCCACCAUGCAGGUCCUACUGUGAAACCGUGUACCAGUCAUGUCGGGACACGUACCAGGGGGUGAAUAUCGACGUCCUCCUUGUGUGCGCCUCACUUCCGGAAUCCUCAGACCCCAAUGUCUGUCAGAAAGACCCAUUCGAACACGGGAAGUGUAUGUCGAAAGGCCUAGAGGAUAAGUGUAAGGCGUUCGGCUACUCGGAAAUGGCCUUCCCAAACUUCGCCGGCCAGCGGAACCGAUUCGCCGCCCUGGACCUGAUGAUGCUCAUUGAGGGGAUCAACAACGCCACCCACUGCUACAAGUACUCCGUCAUGUUCGCCUGCUACACGAUGAUGCCCAAGUGUUCCGGCCGCCCUUUCCCAAACCAUGCAAUCCCGCCAUGCAGAAGCCUCUGCAAUGCUUACAAGUCCCGUUGCUCUAUCUUCCUGGACAUUUUCUUCAACCCGUGGCCAGAGAAUCUGUUCUGUGACAGUUUCCCUGACAGUUCAGACAAGAGUGUCUGUCUCGGCUUCAACGCCGCCCACGAACCGCCCACCAUAGAGGAGUGCCCGGCGGCAGAGAGCCGCUGUGACAACACGACGUGUUUCCCGCCCUCAUGGCGUUGUGACGGGUUCCAGGACUGCUUGGACGGAACGGAUGAGGCCGCCAUUCAGACGGAAAUGCCCCUUAGAAAAUGCGUCGAGUGUCCGGCGGAUAUGUUCCGGUGCUCGGUUGAGUCGGCGGUCUGUGUGGAGGCGGCGCUGCGCUGUGAUGGCGUCGAGGACUGCCCCACUGGCGCCGAUGAGAGGGACUGCCUGGCCUUGGGGGAUGAGGGUGACAGUGCGGGCGUGGUUAACGUAUACAGCAAGAAAGCGCAGUGGGGGCACGUCUGUAAGGACACGUGGACCUCGGACGCAUCUUCCGUUGUCUGUCAACAGCUAGGAUACCACACACCUGACCCUACCAUGGAGACGGGCGUCCCUUCACCCACAUCCGGUAACCUCUUCAGUGUUACGACUCUCAGAAACGGAAGCGAUCCUCAGUAUCUCGCUUCUCGUCUCGAGCCCGUGCCUUCGUGUCCUGGUGGUAUCGUUGUCCGUGUCACAUGUGGAAAUCCAGUUUGCGGGCUGCGGCCAGCGUUCAUCCCACUGCCGACCCGGAUCGUAGGUGGUGACGUGGCGAACCCAAACGCCUGGCCGUGGCACGUAAGCGUGUUCGGAGGCACAGACCAGAAGUACUUCUGUGGCGGCACCAUCAUCGACAAACACUGGAUCCUCACAGCCGGACACUGCAUCGGAGGGCGGAGGGACGUAUCGAACUUACUAUUACGCGCAGGUCAGCCCCGACGGGACACCUUCUCGGCAUACACACAAGAACUCUACCCCGCAGAGCUGAUUCUGCACCCCGGCUACAACCCGCAUACGGUCGCCAACGAUAUUGCUCUCAUCCGCCUCCACAACCACAUCCGGUUUAACGACCACGUUCGCCCCACCUGCCUCCCCUCAUCGGAACGCAAGCUGCCCAUCGGAACGAGGUGCACGGUCCUUGGGUGGGGAAAGCAGGGAGAUACUGCGCCAAACUACGAGCGUCAAAUCCGUCAGGUGAAUCUGGAGGUAACGGACUGGCACUCGUGCAAGGCGGCCAUCGAGGGCGCGAAGAUCAAGGUCCCCUACCAGCUUACGGACCAGAUGUUCUGUGCCGGCGGUGGCAUCGGACACGACUCAUGCUCCGGGGACUCGGGAGGGCCAUUUAUGUGUCCCCUGGACCGCACAAAUGACACAUGGUAUGUUGCGGGUAUCGUAUCGUGGGGCGUGGCCUGUGCCUACCCUAACGUCCCCGGGGUUUACACGAAUGUGCCAGGUUAUCUGGACUGGAUAAGAAACAUGACGGGCCUCGAUUACCUCUAGAGCUCCCGAACAUGUACUAUCGCCUGACCGUAGAAGCUUACACGGUUUUAUGGAAAGAAAAGAUUGUCUGGAUUAGUUGGUGAAUAAUCUUUGCGCAAAUAAACAAAAAAAUGAACAAUGAGGCAAAAGGUUAAUAGUGACAUGAGAUCCUUUAAAUUACGCCAGUUUGAUCGCCAUCGACUUACUAUGUAUUGCAUUUGCCUAUGCGCAGGUAAAUGGCAUCAUACAGACUUGUGAGGAAUAGAUGGAGACUUGAGUUCAACUUAACUACAGUUGUGCUUGUGUGGAGUACGAUGUACGUGCGAUUCUGUGACUCCUCCUGCGUAUAGACUUGAGGAUUGAAUAAACGGGUUGUUAGAAAACUGUGUUUGUAUAUACACUGGGUAAAUGCCCUAUGCCAUCGCAUUUACUAUUUUGCCAUCGUGCAAUUUCAGUUUUCUUACUGUUUUUAGUGAUCUGAAAUGCUUCAGCUGUAAUUAUAAAUGAUUCAGCUGUUAAACUCGUACUUGUGUAUGUGUGUGAUGAACUUGUUCACGAUAUUUCGUUCACUUUGUCAGUAAGUAUUUAUUGUGUUCAUCAGAACUCCACAUCAUUGAAUUUGUGUGUGUAUUACAUGAACGUACGUCCAGUAGAUGGUACUGUACAAUUUGAAGACCAACGUUAUACAAAUAUAUAACCAGUUAAAAACAAGAUGGAAGUCAUAUAGAUCCAUUUUGUUCAUGUUAUGACCGGUACCUGUAAUAUUCGUAGAUUAAAGUGAUUUAUUACAUGUAUAUUUCGUACCGAUUUUAUACAUCAUAACUUUUUUUUUUUUUUUGUGUCGGAUGUAAAAAUAGUUCGUACUCAAUUCAUUUGAACUGUAAUGUAAUUUUUUAAACAAAUAUUCAUACCGUAAAUUUUGUUAUUUAGUAUGUCUCCAUUAAGUAUUUAAGAUUUCUUUAUUAUUUAUUUUACAUUCAUAUUCAGCGCCAUUGUAUAGAAGUGAAUUGAAUUAUUUGCGAUCGUUAAGGAUUUACUGUUCUUGUAUAGUUUUUUUUUAUUUAUAUAACUACAUAUAAUCAGAAAUAUUAAAAGCGUUGUUGGACAUCACUCAGAUGAUAUUAUGGAUUUAACUUUGUUGUAUCUUCAUUAUUGGUGAAUAAAAUUAUAAUUCA